AUGCUAGGCAAUUUGAUCGUCUGGCAAAGUUUGCACAAGAGAUCGUACCAACCGAGGCCCUUCGGGUUAAAAGAAAAAGCUUUUGAAGUUGAGUUGCUUGAAAAUGAUAUAAAGAAGGAGAAUGCUGCUAAGUGGGAAGCCCGAAGAAACAAUGGAGAAAAUCAAGAGAAUAAGAGAAAACACGAGGGAAAUCACAGUAAUGAUCGUGAUAAAAAGGGGAAAACAGUGGUCCAAAAUAACAACAAUGGGGUAAAAAGGUCCUAUGUCGAAUUCCCAAUUUGCCGCACAUGCAAUAGGAAACAUCUUGGGGAGUGUAAGAUGAAGUCAGGGGUGUGCUACAAUUGUGGGCAGCCACGCCAUUUGAAGAAAAAUUGCCCAAAGGGACAAAAGAAGGAGAACCAAGUCGCUCAAGCUCGAGUGUUUGCUCUCACCAGAGGAGAAGCGGCCACAAGCAACACUGUUGUCUCAGGUCAGGUUUCUAUUUACGGAUUGCCUUGUAAUGUUCUCUUUGAUUUUGGAGCUACUCAUUCUUAUAUAGCUACUAGGAUAAUUGAUAGUAUAGAUAAGCCAUGUGACCUACUUAGAUGUGGUAUUGUGACGGAAUUACCCUCGGGAGAAACCAUGCUAUCAACAAGAAGAAUGCGAGAGGUACCUAUCAUAAUCAAAAGCAAAGAACUCAUGGGCAACCUAAUAGAGCUGGAAAUUAAGGAAUAUGAUGUUAUACUUAGGAUGGAUUGGCUAUCUAGUCACGGCGCGAUAAUCAAUUGCCGAAAGAAACUGGUCGUUUUUGAAACAAAGGCUGGGUCUGUGAAUUUCCAGAGGUCUUUCCAGAAGAUCUUUCCAGAAGAUCUACCGGGACUACCUCCAGAUAGAGAGGUGGAGUUCAUCAUUGAAUUAGCCCGAGGGACUAAUCCAAUUUCAAAGGCUCCAUACAGAAUGGCACCUAAUGAGUUAAAAAAGCUUAAAAUACAACUACAGGAGCUCUUAGACAAAGGGUUCAUCAGACCGAGUAACUCACCUUGGGGUGCGCCGGUACUCUUCGUCAAGAAGAAAGAUGGAAGUAUGAGGAUGUGCAUGGACUACCGUGAGCUCAACAAGAUGACCAUCAAGAAUAAGUACCCUCUGCCAAGGAUUGACGAUCUCUUUGAUCAAUUGCAAGGCUCGACUGUGUUCUCAAAGAUAGAUCUAAGAUCUGGGUAUCACCAGCUGAAGGUCCGGAAGGAAGACAUACCCAAGAGAGCAUUCAAAACACGAUAUGGACACUAUGAGUUUUUGGUAAUGUCUUUCGGACUAACUAAUUCCCCAGCAGCCUUCAUGGAUAUGAUGAAUAGGGUGUUCAAGGAGUACCUAGAUAAGUUUGUUGUUGUAUUCAUUGAUGACAUUCUUAUCUACUCCAAAACUAUGGAGGAACAUAAGGAACACCUGAGGAUGACUCUAAACCGACUUAAGGAGAACCAACUAUAUGCCAAAUUCAAGAAAUGUGAAUUCUAG